AUGGCACUUACGUUGGAGUCUCUUGACCUGCUGGUUUUAGAGCGUAUCUGUGAAUAUCUAGACAGCGAAACAGACACAAGGCGCGACUUAUGGGCUUUCUCUUUGACGAGCAGAUGCUGCUAUACUGCAUCUGCAAUUCAACGUCUCUGUCAAAUUAAACUCAAUAUACCUUCUCCAGAUCAAUGCCAGAGUGAGUUAUCACGAUGGGACGAAAUACUGAACGCAGAUCGCGGUCAUCGCCACGUGCGGCGGCUCAAGGUCACGAAUGAAUUGAGGAACAGAACAAAUGGCGGACCAAUGAAGGAAGACGGGAAGCCAGAUAACGAUAUUACAGGCUGGAGAGAUUGCAGUUUCUUUGACGUGCAAGAUUUCUGUCAUCCGCCGAAAGACCUGAAAAGGGGUUCGGGACAAUGGGGUGAUGAUGCUAGUAAAUCCGAAGCCUGGGUACCUUUGGCUCAUUUUAUACAACAACUCAGUGGACUUCAGGAUUUAGUUUGGAGUUAUGGCUAUUGCAUGCCCGCUCAGAUACUCUUUGCCAUUGCAUCUCUCGGUUGCCGCCUUCAUAUGCACGAAUUCCGCCUCUGGAGCCUCAUUCAACCUCGUGAUAGUCCCCAGCCUAUUGAUGCAGACGAGUAUGCACUUUUAACGUCACCAUAUCUAUACAGUAUCGUCAUUCGGAUAGUUGGUUUUGCCGAGGGCUUCAAAGUAGAUUACAGUCGAGAGGCUGUAAUUCGAAUGAUUGCUGGUGUUGCGCCUAAUCUAGCGCAUGUGCAGCUAGUUCCUAUUCAUCAAGGUGUUUCUCUUGAGCUAGAUCAGAAUAUUGAGCUUGGAAAGCCUCCUUGGCGUGGAUUCUUUCUGAAAGAAACGCCCAAUACAAAACUACCGUUUGCUGGCAAACUGAGAAGUCUGGUUUUCGACGGUUGGGUAGACUGUGGUCUUGAGUACUGGGCUUCACUUACAGACUUUAGCUAUCUCCGAUGUCUUGACCUGCCAUGGAAUCACGCCGAUGGUAUUACUAUGGCUCAGAUGGCUAUACGUGGUUGUUUCAAGCAUCUACAUACCUUAAAAUUAGGCGAAAUCGAGGACGAGUCUGACGAGGGGCAAAAAUCGCUGACUCAAUUCUUUGAAAACAUACAUCCCCUUCGACAGCUUCGGCUGAGUGGUUAUAUCAACAGCGAAACCUUCGACGUUAUCGUACAACGACAUGGUAGAACUCUUUUAAGCCUAGAAGUAUCUCCUCCACCCCGUGACGACGUAGAGUCAAAAACACCUCCAGUCGCUUUCAACAACGAGGUCGUGCAGCGCUUAGCGGAUCUAUGCCCCAAUUUAGAACAAAUCAGCAUUCCACUUGUCAGAACACGAGGGGAUGCCGAAGAGACUGGUAUAUAUCGUGCGCUCAGGAGGCUUCCGCGGUUAAGGUGUGCUUUGUUACGUCUGUCAUACACUAUAGGACCCGAGGACGAUGGGUCGUGGGAUGAAGGAGUAGGAAAAGACGAUCCACCGGCGGCCUACUUCCAUGACCCCGAAGACCUACCUCCCGCGUAUCUUCGUGAAGUUUUCAGUAACAUCGCAGUAGAUGAAACCCUAGCGCUUUCAAUCUUCAACACCAUAGCUUCUGGUGGAAGUUUGAAGUAUCUGAAGCUUGAAAUUGACAUGCAGUGCACUAGUCAACUAUACCAUACGGGCUUUCUUGCCCUGCUGCGAUGGUUUAGUCGAUCGUGGAUCUUAAAGCGCGACGUCCGAGGGAAAGACACUGCAGUCGAGAUUCAGUCAGAGGAAACUGCUAGAGCUGGUGAGGAAUGGAUAUAUCAGAUGAGCGAAGAGGGGAUGGCUGCUGACAGAGGGGAGGAGGUGUAUGUGGAGGCGUUCAAGGCUUUGUGGCCGCAGAAGACGAAAGAGUGGUGGAAUGACUGGACGAGUCUUCCGCUCUCAAAUUUGGAGACUUAA